CUUAUGUAGGUAAGAUAACAUAUAUGGAGGGAGGGAGAGUGGAGAUGUAGGAUGGGCGCGGCACAAGCUUCAAGUGGGCAACAUCCUACCCAAAGCCCGAGAUAGCCAGCAUAAAGUCAGACAUCACUUCACUCGUGCGUGAGUUCUAUACCACGGACAAACAGGCUGAGUUCCCUGGAGAAAUAACUGUGUUCAUUUUCAGUCACACAGAAUUAAACCCUUUUCGCCGCAAUGGGGGUGAGAUUGAUACAAUUCAUCUCAUAUCUUUCGCUUAUCUUUACCCUGGAAUGGACGCAUAUAUCGGCUUUCAACCUGGACACAGAAAACGUUAUUGAAAAGAAAGGAGAGCCCGGGAGCCUUUUCGGCUUCUCUCUCGCUAUGCAUUGGCAGUUAAAUCCGUUGGAAAAAAGAAUGUAAGUGUCCCUAUUUUUUAUUUGUAUUUAUUUUACGGUUUCAGUUGCGGAGUUCCUCGCUUAACAGGUUAACAGGCUACUAUAGGCUAUACUUCAAAGGCUCGCAGGUUCUUCGCAAAAGUUUCUUGGCCCAACAUCAUUCUUACAUUUAUUCGGGAAACAUUUUAACGAGUUUAUUAACUCCGAUUUCGGUUGUUUUCAUCGUCUAAAUUUCGUUAACGUUUCAAAUCUGCAUGUUUUUGUAACCGGUUAAUUAUUGGUGAGUUUUACUGCUUUACUGCCAUUUGCAGGCUCGUGCCUAUUCGUGCGCGCCUCCAAUCUCAUUAUAGGUCAUGCAUUUGGCAAAAGAAAGUCACAUGAUUCCAAACCACUUACUCUGCUCUACAGAUUUAUACUAGAAAUGUCCUUUGGGGAGUUUUCACUUGGCCACAGAUCUAGUUAGGAUAAUUGAGUUAUUGUACUCAAUAUCCUAUUAUUAUUAUUAUUAUUAGCCCUUGUGUCAUGUGCACCUUAUGCUGUGAGGCCUCAAAAAUACAGUAAAGCAGCCUAUACUGUAGAUGGUGAAUGUCAUUUGGGUCACAUACUGUAAAAGUUAGCCUAGUCCCUAGGCGAUGGGCGUGGUAGUAGCAGGGACUGUGCCAUUGUGUUAGUCAGGGUCACAGUGACAUUAGAUGGUGUAAAAGCAUAUACUGUACAUCAUUGUCUGAAACCUCAAACCAGCUGAGCCUUAACAUUUCCAGACAGUUUAGUUGACUUCUAAGAGAACUGCUUUUCUUAGAACUGAUUUUGGCCAAGUGAAAGACAUGUUGUGUGCAAUUGGCUAACACCCCCAAAGAUGUGCCGUCUACCAUAGGAAAUGACACACUUCUGUAGUCUUACCAUUAAUCUCAUGCCUAAUUUCACCCUGCUCAUUUUAGCACAGCAGGACUAGACCUCAUCUGCCCUCAACAAUCUAAUUAACUACUGACUUAGGAUCAGCUGUCUGCACCUCAGACCCAUUUUAUACCAUCAUGUGCUCAAUGACUAUACUGAUUCUAGACCUGCUGUUAUGGACAAAGAGUCAUUGGAAUGGAUUUGUGUUUAGAAUAGAUUCUCCCCUUUUAACGAGGUCUGGAAUGUUAUGGGUUGAAGUCAUUAUAGUCUCAGGUCUGUAACUUUCUGUAAUGGGGGCAUUCUUAGUUAUGACCUAAACUUGUCUGAACACACACACACACAAUUUGAUGUUCCAGUUUUAGACUGUGUCUAUAUUAGAGGCACCUGUUCAUCAGCCCUGUGAACAGUCAGCCGGUAGAGACAGAAACAAACAUGUUCUAGUUCAGAUUAUAGUUGAGAUUCCAUACCCUGAGAUUCCCUCAAUGAGUUCUCUCAUGUAGAAAACCUGACUGAAGUUUAUAUAGUGAUCAAAAAUGGAAGUUGAACUGAAUCCAUAUACCUUUCAGGGACACACUCUCACAGCCUGUUUCUGUUCCAUAUGCCCUCAGGACAUGUCUCUCAUAAACACUGAAUCAGCAGGUCUCAGCCUCUUCCCCAAAUCCUAACCUCCAUUAUGGGUAAAAUGCUGGCCUUAGAUAUCAGUGCAUGCAUGAACAGCCAAGUGAUAGUGUGUUUUUGUGUGAGUGUGUGUGUGUUUGUGCAGACGUGUUUAACUAUACUUGUGGGGACCAGAAGUCCCCACAAGAAUAGUAAACAAACAAAAAUUGGACCAACUGGGGACAUUUUGUUAGUCCCCACAAGGUCAAAUGCUAUUUCUAGGGGGUUUAGGGUUAAGGUUAGAAUUAGUGUUAGGGUUAGAAUUACACACUAGACCUUUAGGUUUAGGGUUAGGAGUUAGGGUUAGUUUUAGGGUUAGGGUUAGGAGCUAGGGUUGGUUAGGUUUAGGGUUAGGGUUAGGGGUUGGGACUGGAUUUUGAAUGGGACUGAAGCUUGUGUCCCCACAAGGUAAGCUGUACAAGACUGUGUGUGUAUGUGCAUUUGUACAGUGUAGCAGAGUAUGUGUGUGCCUAUUCAGCAGUGAGAGAUGUCUGUGUGUGUGUGGUGUUAAAGUGGUGACUGAUAUAUAGAAGGCAAUGAGGCAUUCUUGGUCUUUUGUAACUGUGUCCGUGUGAGUCGGCACAUUGUUGGCUGGUAACAAACUGUAUGCACGCACAAACACACACACACAUACUGUGUACACGGAGACACACACACACACACACAGGCAGACACACACAAACACACAGACAUGCACACACUGCACUGCAGGAGUUGAAAUCCACUUCUACUCUGCACAAUGUUAACCAUUGACUGACCUUAAGUGAGUGGACCCUUCCCCAACGUGUACAGCACCAUUUUUAUAGUAUAGUAAAAUCAUGUCAGUCAGAGUACAAGACACUAAACUCGGCAGCCAUAACAUAAUCAUGAUAUAUACAGUAAAUAGUGCUGCAAGAGGCUACACUUCUUAGCUGCCUGCCUCAGCAGAUCAGUAUUACAGAAAUUACUGUCUGUGCUGCUGGGCGUUCGCUUGGGUGUGUGUGUCUGUCUGGGAGUGUGUGUGUUCUCUGUAAGUGUUUCCGGAAUCUAGGGUGUGUGUGAAAGGUGAGUCAUACCUCUGUGCCACGCCCGACAGGUGCACCUGUUCUGCCAACCUGAGUCCAUGCCUCACAGGUAUGUGUUUGUGUGCUUGUUUUUUAGAUACCUGCAGAUGGAGGGAUCUGUUUGGCACGGGUCUGUGAGGGCAGGUGUGUCUGAUUGUGUGUGUGUGUGUGUGUACAUGCUGAAGAGCAAGGGGAUCUGAAGCGCAUGUAUGCAGAGAGUUGGCACUGCUCUGUAUGAGAGAGAAAUAAAUAAAUUGUUACUGAAAGAACAAGAGAAAGAGAGAGGAGGGAAGGAGGGAAAGCUGUGACAAAGAGAGUGAGAUAGAAGUUGAGAGAAUGUCUUAGUGAAAGCACAUGGGAGAGAUACAAAGUGUGUGUGUGUGAGAAUCCAUUCCACCAUGUUCUAUAGACAGAGUGGGAGCAGCUACUGCACUGUUGCAGCUAGGAACACAAGCAUUUCGCUACACCCGCAAUAACAUCUGCUAAAUAUGUCCAAUACCAUUUGAUUUGAUUUGAUUUGAGGUCUAGUGUGUAGAGCUGCGAGGUUCCUAUGUGCAACAGUCUUUGAUCUGUCAGAUCCUAGAUAGAUAGGAUAGUUAGGGUUAGAGUUCAAAGGUUAGUUCAGAGUCCUGGGAAAAAGCACUAAAUGAAUGAAAUCUUUUAUUGCUACUGAUUUUUUUUACUACGAUACAUGUACAGUAUGUGCAAAAGUUCUGCACACACACACACACACACACACACACACACACACACACACACACACACACACACACACACACACACACACACACACACACACACACACACUGCCCUUUCUCUCCUGCCUGCAGGCUGAUCCAGGUUAGCUCAAGUUAUCCAACAUCAAAGCUGAGGAGUGGUGGAGGGAUGUUUGCAGGAAUGCUGACAGCAUAAAUCACCUUUACAGCUGGGCACCAAACACACACAAUCCGUCAGUUACUCAACCCCCGCUGUCUGUCUCCCACACAGACCUGGUACUAGGUACCAAAUGGAAGAAAACGGACUGAAACAGGGAGGGACUACCCGAACUUGUCCAAUAAGAAGCACAAAACGUUUUGUUAUGGUGUACACUAAUUAAUACAACCCUGGGUUUAUAUCUGUCCUGACAAGGAGCAAAGAGAACUUGGCGUUAAAAUGUCAGAGUUCUGGAAUUCAUUAGGGUUCUGUAAAAUGUUCUGGAAUCCAUUUAGAACUGAAAUGUGCUGAACGUUUCAUUGAAGUUGAUCCAUUGUUGCUUGGUAACAAGAUGGGGUGGUGCAUACAUGCAGCGAGCUGUUUACACAGAAGCUGUUCCUCGAUUUGGUGUUUCUCUGUUUCUUUCUGCUGUAGGCUGUUUGGCCUCGUUGUGUGUUUGUGUGUGUGUGCUUGAAAAGAGAGAGAAUGGCUGUUUCUCUGUUUCUCUUUGCUGUUUUUGUUCACACACACACACACACACACACACACACACAACUUUAUUUUUGGGGGAGUAAAAAUGUUUGACCAUUAAAAAGUCCUAUUUCCCCUAACCCUAUCCCUAACCCUUAACCUAACCCUAACACACACACGCACGCACACGCACACCACAGACUGAAUGUUUGUCUUUGUCCUUCCUGUGGAUUUGAUUCUCUACUGUUACUUCCUCUACAUGUGGUGAAUGAUUGGAAAAGCAGCUGUGUUGUUAGCCAUUAUCAGUAGAACAAUACACCCUCCCUCUCUUCACGCUCCCUGUCUCCCUCUCGCUACCAGUGGCAGGCUACAGAGUAAUGGGCUACGCACGCGUUACAUUGCACAGACAUUAAUGAACAAUUGAGACCACGUACAAUUCAAACAUUGUUUCAGAUUCCUUUACUGCAGUUACUGUGUAUAACUGGGUAAUUGCACUCUGUUUAUCUAUGUAGUUAUAAACCAUCAUGUACAGUGUUGGUGGUUCCUGUUAACUGUCUCCCGUAGUCUGAGGAGUAGGUACAUGUUGUUCCUAACCAGUGAUGCAGGGUCAGUUCUUUUCUCAUCCCCUAAUGUUUUAGGUUCGGAUUUGAGGAGGGUAAUGUGAUCCUAGAUCUGUGUUAAGUGGCAACGUGUACCUUGAGUGUAGUCUGAACCCAGUGACCACAGGGUUUCCCUAACGACAGUGUUGGCGUGGCUAAAGGGGAUACCUCUUCCUUCCGCCUAUUCUCCUGACUUCCUGUUAGUGUUAGUGCAGGUGCGUGUACGUGUAUGUAUGGCAGGGGGCAACACCAAGGAUGCUCAUUGUUCUCAGAUCAGUGUGGGAGCCGUCGUUUAAUUACCUGGGCACAUUUAUUUUCACUCCCUUUUAUUCUCUCCCUCCCUCCACUUGCUCUCUCCACUCUGGGACAUUUCCAUUGAGACCCAGAGGAGUCAACACCCACAUGGCUCUCUCCCUCUCUCUUUUUCCUGUCUCUCUCUCCUAUCGCUCUCUUUCUCUCUCUUAAUGAGUUCAUCACAUUAAAAGCCCCUUGACCCCAAAAUACCUCUGUUCACCCAUAUAGGUAUGAAUACGAGUUGUGUUUCAAAACAGGUGGGGUUUUCUUAAUCUCAUCAAGUACUUAAAGCAUAGAAAUCAAUCUAGUAUGGCUACACAUUUUACCCUUUGAUGAGAGACCCUUGGAUGAGAGUUUUUCAAGGUCAAGUUCAAGUGUAUUGUGACCCACAUAACAAUCAAUGCAAACUGAACAUGACAAAUGGCCUAUCACAAAAACACAGCAUAUUUAAAGGUCAAAUAAAGGUAAAACAGGCCUGUACUAAAACCAUGUGAUUUGUACGACAAGGCAUUAAGCAUUUCUAUGCAUUUCUAUGCAUUGAACAAAGCUUCAGUUCAUUUCAUGACUGAUGAUUGUCAUCAAGAACACACACACACACACACACACACACACACACACACACACACACACACACACACACACACACACACACACACACACACACACACACACACACACACACACACACACACACACACACACACACACAGAGUGCCAGCCUCAGUGAUGGGGAACUUUGAUAUGCUGCUGUGUGGAACCUUGAGUAAUGCAUCGUGGGUACUGGGGUGUGGUGGCUGUGACCCCUCUCUAAGAGCCCCUCUUGUCUGUGGUUCCAUAAAGACAUCCAGUGUGUGUGUGUGCGUGCGUGAGUGUGGCCCCUCCCUGGAGUGUGUGUGUGUGUGUAUGUGUGUGUCUCCAGUCCACUUUUCCUUUGUGGAUGAAUGUUAUCGCUGAGUCUCAGUUCUGUCCAAUCAUGAAAGAGCUCUUUGUCUGAGGGGUGCUGGAGAGGGUGGGGGUUGGGGCAGGUCAUGGGAACAGCGGUUUGGUUGAGUGCGUGCAUGGUGCGUGUGUGUGUGAGACAUUCUCUGAUGUUCUCUGUUGAAAAGGAGAUGUUGUGUGACUCAGAGGGAAAGUGAGAGGAGAGUGGCGAGGGCUGCUGACAGGCCGGUCAAGAUUCUCACAGGUGUCAAAGUGUAGGACUCCACAUUGGGACAGAUCAACUGGCUCACUGACUGUAGCUUCCUCUUAUAAUGGUUGUGUGGUGGUGGUUUGUAUGAUGACCUCUUUGUAAAAUGUGGGUAGGACAAGGACAGGGAGUGAUGUGUGUACCAGUCAUGUUGUAAAAUUGCUGUCAGUGUUCUCAUGUGUGUGUGUGUUUGUGUGUGGUGUGUGUGUGUGUGUUGGUUUCCUGUGUUCAAACAUGGCCUUGUGGUGUGUGUUACAGGUUGCUGGUUGGUGCUCCAAGGGCCAAAGCUCUGGGAGGUCAGAAGGCUAAGAUCACAGGAGGACUCUACAACUGUGACACCUCUUCCUCUUCCUCCAGCUGUAACCGAGUGCAGUUCGACAACGAUGGUGAGCUUACCUCUAAACACAUGCACACACAUAUUUUCUGUCUUCAUCUGUCCACACAAGUCCUUAUAAGGGAAUGGUCUGUUAGCAAUCACUAGAUAUUAAGCAUUUGAUCAAGAUUUGAUGAUUUUGUGUGUGUAGAGGACUUGAAAACCGAGAGUAAGGAGAACCAGUGGAUGGGAGUAACAGUGAACAGCCAGGGACCAGGAGGAAAGAUUGUGGUAAGUGUGUGCAUGUGCAUGUGUAUGUGCGUGUGUGCGUGCACAUGCGUACGUGCGUUUAAAUUAUUGACUUGACUGACAGCUUUGCUAACCAAUCCCUCUCCUCUCUCUCUCUCCAGACGUGUGCCCACCGCUACCAGCGGCGUCUGUUUGUGAACACGGCCCAGGAGUCUCGUGACAUCACAGGGCGGUGUUACGUGCUGAGCCAGGACCUGACCAUCGAUGCCCUGUCUGAUGAGGAUGGAGGGAACUGGAGGUUCUGUGAGGGGCGGGCACGUGGGCAUGAGAGGUUUGGUUCAUGCCAACAGGGUCUGUCUGCCACCUUCACAAGGGACUAUCACUACCUGGUAUUUGGCGCUCCUGGAGCAUACAACUGGAAAGGUAGGUGGAGAGUGAGAGUGUGAGUGUGUAUGCCUGAAAUCAAACACUUGUCAUUUAUCUGAAAGGAUCAGAUUGGUGUCAAUAAUACGGGAACUCCUACCAGAGGGGUAGAUGUACCAGGUUGCAUUUAUUUUUUUUAUUUUUUUAUUUAACCUUUAUUUAACCAGGUAAGCCAGUUGAGAACAAGUUCUCAUUUACAACUGCCACCUGGCCAAGAUAAAGCAAAGCAGUGCGAUUAAAAAACAACAACAACACAGAGUUACAUAUGGAAUAAACAAAAACGUACAGUCAAUAACACAAUAGAAAAUAGAAAAUCUAUAUACAGUGUGUGCAAAUGUAGUAAGUUAUGGAGGUAAGGCAAUAAAUAGGCCAUAGUGCAAAAUAAUUACAAUUUAGUAUUAACACUGGAGUGAUAGAUGUGCAAAAGAUGAUGUGCAAAUUGAGAUACUGGGGUGCAAAUGAGCAAAAUAAAUAACAAUGUAAAUAACAAUAUGGGUAUGAGGUAGUUGGGUGGGCUAAUUACAGAUGGGCUGUGUACAGGGACAGUGAUCGGUAAGCUGCUCUAACAACUGAUGCUUAAAGUUAAUGAGGGAGAUAAGUGUCUCCAGCUUCAGAGAUUUUUGUAGUUCAUACACCCAUCUCAUCCUUUCAGGUCUGGCUCAGGGGUUAAAUGGCAGGGUUAGGGGUCAGGGUAAGGUUAGGGGAUAAGGUCAGGGUUAGGCCAAGGUCAGCGUUAGGUAGAUUAGAUUAGCAUAGUCUACAUGGCCCCUUCCUCUCUCAUCAGCUGAUGCUCAAAUCUAUGAACCACUGUGACCUCUAGUGGUAGCAAAACCACAAUGAUAAAAUGUUUAAAUUAGAUUAGUGUCAUGUCAUCUUGUACAUUACUUUUCCCCAAAAACAAUCAUCUCAUGAGAAUGUUUCAUGUAUUGUUUUUGUCAUGUUUUUAAGUUACCGUUUUUCCAUUCAUUAUUUGUGUUGAGAUUUUUGUCCUCAUCUUCUCAUCUCCAUUUUCCCCUUCUUCACUUCCUCACUCCCCAUCCCUCAUCCCUCCAUUUUCCAUUCCAUCUCUCCAGGUGUGGUGAGAGUAGAGCAGAAGAACAGCACUCUGUUGGAGAUGGGUUUCUAUGACGACGGGCCCUAUGAGGUGGGCGAUGAGAACCGGUUAGACCCAGACCUGGUCCCUGUGCCCGCUAACAGUUACUUGGGUAGGUACAUCUAAACUCUUUCAUCCCUCAUUCCUCUCUCUCGCCCUCCUCUAUGUGUGUCCAGGUGUGCUCUUCAUGACCACUGUGUCCAGCUCAUGUGUUGAACAGUUUGUGUACAAGUCACUUCCUCCUCAGAUUGCUAUGGAGACCGAUGUAACGGCCAACAGCUAUUUAGGUUUAGGUUUGUAAGACUUCCUGCGUGAUGACAUCAUGCUCUCCACAGCCAAUCAUAUCACUCUGUGCACUAGUUAUCAUCAUGCACAGUGAAACAUUGUGCUCGUCAUGAGGAUCAGCCUGAGCUAGGUGUUAUGUAGAUGAUCAGAUCUAUAAAUCACCUCAACUUCCAACCAACUGGGCUUGAAUAGAUCCAUAUUAUGGAGAGAUCAGUGAAUCUGUACAACACCUAGCUUUGGCCGAAUGCAGCAUAUUGAUGAGAUCAUUCAUGGUUUGGGAAUGUGUUGGUGUGAUGCCAAGUCCAGGUGCUGUUUGUUAGUGUUUCUGUUUGAUUUGGUACCUUCGUGUUGUGUCAUGCAUGGUCAGUAAAACAUAUAUAUAUAUAUAUAUAUUUUAUUUAUUUUUUUGUCUAGCUACAUCCAUAGUCAGUCAGUGUUCCAUCUAUAUCUGUGCAGUGCAUCAGACAUUUAGUGAAGCACCAGCUCCUCACCUGAAGCAUGUCGGUAUUUAUGUGGCCAUAGAGUACAUUGACUGAUGGAUUAAUUCAUUGAUUGAAUGAUUAAUUAUGUUUCUCUCAUCAGGCUUCUCUCUGGACUCGGGGAAGGCCAUCACUAAGAAGGGUCAGCUGACCGUGGUUGCCGGGGCCCCGAGAGCCAAUCACAGUGGGGCAGUGGUGUUGCUAAAGAAGGAGUCUGAGGCGUCCACCAUGUUGUCACCAGAGUACAUCCUGGAAGGGGAGGGGCUAGCCUCAUCAUUCGGCUACGACCUCGCUGUGGUGGAUCUGACUGGAGACGGGUACGUCUCUCUUUUCUCUCAUUUUUUCUCCCGAUCAUCAAUGAGGCAAAUCUAUACACUGCAUGACCACCUUUCCAUCAAAGGCAGUUUCUUUCCACAUGGGAGGAUAUCAUUGUUUGAGCCUCUCUCUGUUUCUCAGUCAUUUCUUGCUCCCUUUCUGUCUCCCUGGCUCUAGGUGGCAGGAUAUUGUGGUGGGAGCCCCUCAGUUUUUUGAGAAGGACGGGGAGGUGGGCGGGGCUAUUUACGCCUACAUUAACAAGGGUGGAGUCUGGAGUAAGGUCACGCCCACCAGGAUAGAUGGACCUCAGGACUCCAUGUUUGGACUGGCUGUAGAAAACCUGGGAGAUCUCAACCUGGAUGGCUAUCAGGGUAAGGGGCGUGUGUGUGUAUGUAUUCAUAUGUCUGUCUUUGCCUUUGUGUGUGUGUAGACAGUGUGUAAUCCUGACUCUCUCUCUCUCUGUCAGACAUUGCUGUGGGAGCACCCUAUUAUGAUAAUGGGGCAGGGAAAGUAUACAUCUACCACGGCUCAGCUCAGGGCAUCAACAUCAAACCUGCACAAGUGUUGUCAGGGGUGUCAUCGCGGACAAAGUUGUUUGGUUAUUCUCUAGCUGGUAACAUGGACCUGGACAGGAACUCGUACCCAGACCUGGCUGUAGGAUCUCUCUCCGACUCUGUGUUUGUCUACAGGUAACCAUGGCAAUUAGUAAUCUAUUAGUAAUCUACCCCACAAUGUUUUGUUUAUACAUUUAUACAUUGCAUUUGUUAAUACCUAUUUUUUUGCCACUUUCUUGACCUUUAAACCUUUGACCCUAUGAUGUCACUCCAGGACUCGGCCAGUCAUUAGCAUCCAGAAGGUUGUCAAGACAACGCCAAAGGAGAUCGAUCUGACUAAGAAGAACUGUGGCAACAGCAUCUGGUGAGUGUGCUGUUUAACUGCAGAAUAUGGAAAUGUAUCAACCAUUUAAGCCAUAUUCAUAAAUACAAAUGACUUGAUGUGUUCCCAGCUUGGAGGUAGAGGCCUGUUUCUCCUACACAGCCAAACCUAAAUCCUACAGCCCCAGACUGAGUAAGACAACACCUUCUGUGUUAUGAUUUGUCUCAAUUUCUUCAAUGGGCUUUUUAUGCCUUAGAUCAGUACGUAAUAGUAACUGUCCCCCUCUUUGUCUACCUCUCUCUCUCUCUCUCUCUCUCUCUCGCUCUCUCUCUUUCUCUCUCCCCUCCACAGCGGUGGCCUACUCCUUUGAGGUGGAGGCGGAGCGUAGAAAGAAGGGUCUUCCUCCCAGAGUGAUCUUUUCUACGCGUUCCAGCGACAUCAACGACUACCAGUCCACCGGUGUUCUCACCCUCAGUGGACAGGGCAAGGAGGAGUGUAUCACCGCCAAACUCACACUACAGGUACUAGAUCACAACUCGCAUAUAGUGACACUGCUAACAGUAAGAAAGAGGAAUGGGAAGCAAGAGGGAAAGAAAAAUAUAGAUAUUUCAAGACAGUCUUUCACCAACAUUGCAGGUGAAAUAUGGACAAGAAUCAGUCUCCUCUAUCCUUUGCCAGUGAUACAUAAGUCAGUAACAUGUAUCUCUUAUCUGUACUCUGUGUGUCUGUCUCCUACAGGAGAACAUUAAGGACAAGCUCAGGGGAAUCCCCAUCGAGGUUACCGUGGAGAUACAGAACUCCAAAAGGAAAAGAAGAGCGCUCCCGGAGCUCGCGCCCAUCCUCGACUCCAAUGACCCUAUCACGGCCCGCGCUGAGGUAACCAAUAACAACCGUAACACAGUCUCCUAUUGGCCAGCUUUGGGUCACGUAUGUGACGGAGAUUUACAACUGUGGCCUGCGCUAAGCCUGUUCCCUCUGAUCUAGGAUGAGUUUGUCUGGUCAGCAUGUUGUUCCCUGUGUGCGUAGGUGAGUUUCCUGAAGGAGGGCUGUGGCAGUGAUAAUGUGUGUCAGAGUAACCUACAGCUCCAGCAUCGCUUCUGCUACAGAGAACCCAACAAGGACGUCUUCCAUCCACUACCUAUGUGAGUAGAACACCUAAACCUGUGUCACCUAACCAACACCUGGGUGAAUUUAAUCAAUGCUGACAUAAUCUGCUGGUGUCCUUGAAGGGAGAAUGGGGUGCCAGUAGUCUCCCUUAGCGACCAGAAGGAUAUCGCCCUGGAGAUCACAGUGACCAAUCAGAAUGGAGAUGAUGCUCAUGAGGCGGCAUUGGUUGCCUCCUUCCCCCCCUCUCUCUCCUACUCUGCCUCCCGCUCUGCACCCAACGCAGUAAGUUACACCUCUCCCCUUCUAUUACUCUCUCUCUCACGCUAUCUUUCCUUCCCCUCUUCCAUUUUUCAGACUGGUACUGAGUUGUGAUUGGCUGUUGUUGAUUACAGGACAAGCAGGUGAUCUGUGUGGCCAAUAAAAAUGGCUCUCAGGCAGACUGUGAGCUGGGGAACCCCUUCAAGCGAGGCGCAGAGGUGAGAGACACCAAGGCUGAUCACGAUCACUAGCUAAAUAAUGUGUGUGUGUGCGCGUGUGUGUAUGCUAACAUAUCUCUCUGUGUGUUUAGGCGAUGUUCUACAUCAUCCUGAGCACAGCAGGCAUCUCUCUGAACACCACAGAGCUGGAGAUAGACUUGAAGCUGGAGACGUGAGUAUACACUCCCACCUCCCUCUAGGAUGAGAUACUGAACAGCUACGUUUGACCAACAGUGCUGAUUUGACCUCUGACCUUUCAGGACGAGUGACCAGCAAAACGUGGACAGAGUCAAGGCCAAGGCCAAAGUGGUGAUCGAGCUGCUGCUGUCCCUCACAGGGUAAAACAAUAUUAUUUGCCAGCUGCUUAAUGUGAUUUAAUGUGCUUUUACACGUGAGAACCAAAUGUGUUGUCACACCUCCCAGCAUCGGAGCAUCAGCAUGACAAUGUUUGUGUUUGUGCUCACACUGUGUUUCUUGUUUCCCCAGAGUGGCCAAGCCCUCCCAGGUCUACUUUACUGGAGAGGUAAAAGGUGAGAGCGCCAUGAAGUCAGAAGGAGACAUCGGCAGCCCCAUCGAGUUCGAGUUCAGGGUAAGCCUUUUUAUUUGGUUAGUUUCAGGAAUAACGACAUCAUUAUCAUACAGGCACGUUCAUAUCAAACAGGUGCAUUUGUAUUUCACUAUAAACUGAACUCACCUGUCCUUUGACUGCCUUUUGAUUGACAGGUGAUCAACCUGGGGAAGCCCCUGAAGACAUAUGGCAGCGCCGCCCUGAUCAUCAAUUGGCCAAAGGAGACGGUGGAGGGCAAGUGGAUCCUGUACCUCAUGAAGAUCGACUCCAGAGGUCUGGAACAGAUCACCUGCUCCCCUGAGAGAGAGAUCAACCCACUCACUGUCAAAGAGGUUAGGAAACACUGCAGCGGUCAAACUCCAAACUCCUUGGACAUUUGUGGUCCCGAGGCAAACAAACUAACAGUCCCAAUACAGUUACCUCUGUUGUAAGGUGCUCGAAAGGUUCUUACCAAGGGAAUGUUUGUUCCAAAUUACCUUCUGUUACACUCUGUUUAGGAGCCGAGCAGCACCAGGAGAAGACGAGCCAUAGUGGAGACAGACAAACCUAAGGAGGGAACCAUCGCACUACUGACUGACAAGAGGAAAUACACUACUCUGGUAACACAACCUUCUCUCCCAGUUUAUCAAUGUUUAAAUCUUGUGUUAUUAGUCGUAUACGAGCUAUACUGUAACAUGGUGUGUGUGUUACAGUCGUGUGAGGACGGGGCAAAGUGUGUGGAGAUUCGCUGCUCCCUUCAGGGCCUGGACAGUAAUGCAGUCAUCCUGCUCAGAUCUCGACUCUGGAACAGCACAUUCCUGGAGGUAAGACACACACCUCCCUCUGAUAUUUGACUGCACCUCAAUGUCCUGUCCACUCUCACCUCACUAUGUGUUUCACAACAGGAGCACUCCAAACUGAACUAUCUGGACGUGAUAGUGAAAGCCUCUCUCAGAGUGGACGGCACUGCUAAAAACAUGGUCCUUAAGAACGCAGAGACACAGGUACUUGAUCAGUUUCACAUUUCAAACACAAACAAAUGUCACUUUCUUUGACUUUCUAUUGAUGUUGUCUUUCUCAGGUGAGAGUGACGGUGUUCCCAGAGCAUCGUGUGGCUCAGUACGGAGGACUCCCAUGGUGGAUCAUCUUGGUAGCCAUCUUGUUAGGGCUGCUGCUGCUCGGCCUGCUGGUCUUCCUGCUGUGGAAGGUAAGACUAGAAGAGAACAGAUAAAUGUACACAGUGUCACUGUUUACAGUAUAUACAGUAUGAAUACACACACGUGCACUUGUACACACACACACACACACACACACACACACACACACACUAAUGCAAUUGCUUCUCUUUAGUGUGGUUUCUUCGGGAAAAAGAAAGACAAUGCGCCAUCCUCUGACAAAGAGAGACUGACGUCUUCUGACGCGUAAAGAGAGAGAGACGCUGUCUCUGGGGUAAACACAUCUAUACCCACCUAUACAUGCCUGGGGGCACAGAGGAUGGAUGGGCACAGUGGCACAGCAGCAGACUAACUCUCGCUGAAGGGGGAAAUGCUUUCGCUAAUGAACAAGCAGUAAAGGGGCUCAGAGCUACGAAAUCAAAUGCAAUGCUAUGAUGAUGGAAUGGAUGGAAUGAAAUGUUAAGAGCUCAGCUGACAGGUUGCUGUAGAAAGCACUUCAAGGUUCUGCUUGGAAAUGUCCAUCUUUCUAACUGUUAUGGACGGUUUACAUGCAUGGCCAUGUGGGAUGAAUGCUUACUUUGGUUGAAAAUCAUUAUGCCAAGUUUAUGAACUGUUCUCCUAUCGCUCCAAAGACCUUCUGGGUUAGAUCCUUGUGGUCUUCAUCUCUCUCUGUCUCUGGUUUCUGCUUCCGUGGUUGCCAUUGGAACUUCAAGCACUUCCUCUCUGAAGGUUCUUAAAUGGUUUUCUUUCAGCCUGGUUUAUAGGGGCGUUGCUACAUUACAGCUUUCUGCAUGUAGGACCACCGAUGGCUCUAUAUCGCCUCCUACUGUUCAAGAGCCUCACUCACAUCUCUGCCCUUAAAGGGAUAGUUCACCCCAAAAUCAAACAUUGUUAGACUUUUCAUAGUUUGAUGUGAGGGUGAACUAUUCCUUUUAUGUUGUUGAGAGGUUAAAAAAUGAUGGUUACUGAUUUCUAUGUGCUGUUUUUUUCCAACAGUGUGGGUUUUUCAAACGCUCAAAGUACGACGACAGCGUUCCCAGUUAUAAUGCAGUGCGGAUUAAAAAGGAGGAGAAAGACCAACUGGAAAGCCUGGAAAAGAAAGCCUGGAUAACGAGCUGGAAUGAGAACGAGAGUUACUCUUAACAAUGGCGGAAUGCUGGAGCUCCCAUUCCCACAGACAUUCAUCUGACUAUUCCAAGGCCUCACUCCAGUGUGGACAUAAAAAAAGGAUUGUAGAACAGCUUUAUUUGUGUACUUUAAGGACAGAUGGCGAUCCUACAAUAGCAGGUUAGAUAAGGUAAAAUAACACUUCAUCAAAUUGUCCCUUUUUGGGGAUCAAUUAAGUAUUAUCUUGUCUGAUUUUAUCUUGAUAGUGACAUCCAUGUUGAUCACUGGACAGAGAGAAGAUUUUUGUGUGUUCUUGCACAUUUUGGGUCAAGAAUCCCAGUUGUCACUCUUUCAAAGCUCUGGACAUUGUUUUGUAAAUGUACACUUAUGGGACAGGCUGGAGUGUUUUAUAAAUUUUGUAUAUUUUGAAGAAUUGUGUAUUUAUUAUAUGAGGAGAAUGUUAACUACAAAGUACUCCACUGGCCAAAUACUUUUUCACAAUGAGUGUUUUUCAAGAAAUGGAAGGAUGGAUGCCUCAAAUCACACUGACAAAUCUCAAACCAUUUGGGUAUAAGGACAGUUAUACACAUUUCACGUUUAACUGGGGUCAUUUUUCAUCAAGUUAUAGCAGCAGCUAAUCAACAGCUUUCCUAUCCCAUCUUUCUAUAUUAUUUUCAUGUCAUCUACAUAUCCAUGUACUAACUUUACCAUCCAUCACCACUCAGAGAGAAUGUUGUGAACUUAUAUAAGUAUUCGAUUGUUGAGAUGGACCAGUGAAGCAGAGAGAGUGGAGAAACUACAUAUUGUGGUUCUUCUAACCAGUCACAUUAAAUCAGUGAUCAUUUCAAGGAAGUGAAGAAUUAUGCAUUUUGUAAGUAUUUAAGCAGGGCCCAUUCAAUGCUAAAUGUGGAGGAUUGGUCCAGUGACAGCUGUUGACAUUAAUGUAAAGUAACGUGUGAAAAAAUGGCUAUGAUUUCCUAAAUAAAAGUUUUUACAAAGUCACAUCCAUCGCUUUUCAUUUUCAUGCA